UCCCAAGGAGUACAAGACCCCAAAAAAAAAUCAUCCACACAAUGGGAAGGGAGUACCAAGACGAAAGACGAAAGGAAUAAUUGAGAAAUGUAGUGGGUUAAUAAUGACAUCUAGAAAUGGUCAUUUUGCUGUCAUAUAAUUUACUGAAAUGGGCAUCAAUGUUGACCAUGCUCCUUGAUUUAAUGCUUUGGUAUAUGUCCCUGCUUGCAACAAAACCAAUGGCAUAUAAAUUGGGUGGAGAUUAAGUAGGUACAUGAUGCGAAAGUUCUGAUUCUCUUUUCAGGUUAUGUGUCAGACCCAUCUUCUACUACUAUUUUAGUCUUCUCAUGCUUUGAAUCUUUACAUACAGACAUUUUUACCUUUCAGUACAUUGGAUAAACAGAGAGAAGCAUGUUAUUUGUCAUUCAUGUUCCAUACAGGGUUUCUGGGCUAGCUCUCUGAGUUCCCAGGGCAAAUAUGAAGGUUUUUCAGAAAUGGGUUUUUUCUCCUGUAAUGAGUAUGGCACUGCAGAUGAUAGCUAUAAUGUUCAUUUGCUAUAUAAUAAUAAUCUCCUCUUCUGGGGAUACUGAAAGUAGGAGGCAUCAGCAGCAGCAGCAUUUAUACAAAGGAUUUUACAGAGAUAGCUGCCCCAUGGCAGAAGCUGUGGUGAGGUCUGUGAUGGAGAUGGCUAUAAAAAGAGAACCCAGAAAUGCUGCUUCUGUUCUACGCCUGCAAUAUCAUGACUGCUUAGUUAAUGGUUGUGAUGGUUCGGUUCUUCUGGAUGAGACCCCUAACAUGGCUGGAGAGAAGAAUGCACUAUCAAAUAUAAACUCAUUGAGGGCAUAUGAUGUGAUAGAUGAAAUCAAAGAUGCUCUGGAGAAAGCUUGCCCUGGUACAGUCUCCUGUGCUGACAUUCUCAUCAUUGCAGCAAGGGAUGCUGUAACUCUGAGUGGUGGUCCAUUCUGGGAGGUGUAUUUGGGAAGAAAAGACAGUCUGACUGCAAGCCAGGAUGAUUCAAACGAUAUAAUGCCAAGCCCCAGAGCCAAUGUUACAACUCUUGUUCAGCUUUUCAAGAGUUUUGAUCUAUCUGUAACCGAUUUGGUUGCACUCUCAGGGACUCAUACAAUUGGAAAGGGGAGAUGUUUUUCAAUUAUGUUUAGGCUUUACAACCAAAGCGGAUCAGGUCGCCCAGAUCCAACAAUAAAUCGUGAAUAUAGAAACUAUUUAGACAUGCAAUGCCCACAUGGGGUGGAUGAGAAUGCGACUCUUGAUCUUGACAUGGGAUCUCCCACACAAUUUGAUAAUAGUUACUUCAAGAAUUUGGUGUUAGGACGAGGCUUGCUCAAUUCAGACCAAGUCCUCUUCUCCACACCAGGAGAAACUAGAGACUUGAUUUACUUUUUUAGUCAAGACGAGUCUGCUUUCUUUUCAAAUUUAAUUGAGUCCAUGAUUAAGCUUGGUAAUCUACCUCCCUCUAAAGAUAAUGGAGAGAUAAGAAAAAAUUGUAGACGAGUUAAUUAAGUCAUAUAAUUGUAAUUAUCACAACUUAACUGACUAUUAUUAUGUUUGCUCUCA